GGGGCGUUAAUAGGUGAGGCCGUGCGUGGGCGGAGACCAGGGGUGUCCGCGUCGCCGGGAGUCUGUGAGGAAUGCGGGGUGACAAGCCCGGGGAGUUAGCCUGUGAGCGCCCCGCACCGGGCUCCGUCGUCCGCCUGCGUCCCCGCCGGCAAGGACUGUUGGGAAGCUCUUGGGGGUUCUCAAGGAAGCGAGGUUGUGGGGAGGCGUCUCCCCCUCCCCUAGUUUGUUAAUGGGCUCUGGUGGCGCAGUGGUUAAGCGCUCGUCUGCUAAGCAAAAGGUCGGUGGUUCAACCCGCCAUCCUCUGAGCAGGAGAAAGACGGGGUAAUCUGCUUCUGUCAAGACUACACCCUUGGAAACUGUGUGGGGCAGUUGUAUCCUACCAGAUGGGUUUGCUGUGAGUCGGGAUUGACUCCAUGGCAAGGGUUUGGCCUUUAGUUUAAUUGUUACAGGACUUUGACGUAGAUGAAGUAGCAGGAAACAUGGAUGGAACUAGUACGCCCGUUUGGAACGAUAGCUAUCCCCACCUCGGGCUGCAAAUAUUUAUUAAGAGGCAUGUUUCCAGGAAUCACUUGGCUCUAAGGCAGAAAUUUCCUCCACAGUUGUGCCAGAGACAAUAUGGCCCACCUGAUGUGGCUGAACGAGGUUGACCUAGAAGACAAGCAGGUAAUAGAGAUCAUAGACCCAGUGUUGCUCCGGGAUCCUAAGCAUAGACAGAGACAGGAUUUGUGCUGGAUUAAAUGCUAAUGAGGCAGCCAUAAUUUCUGCCACCAAAUAGCCUCACUUAAUAGGUUGGAGGCUCCUUGCAGUAAAAACGCGGCACAUUUCCAUUGUAAGAGCAGCAAAUACUGGAAUUGAGGACAGUCUGGGGGGGUGUGCGUUAUGGAUGUGUUCCAGAUAUUUCAGCACGUCCUGGUCAGCUGCAGUGUUGCUGAGAGCUCCUCAUUUUUAAUUUUAGAAAAUGCCCUUAUUUGGAUAAAUAUGAAAUGUGCAGCUAUUGGAAAGGACACAACUUUGAAUAUGAAAAAGUGAAACUUAAAUUGAUGAGUAACAUGUACAGCAUUUGUAAUAUAAAUAGCGAAUAAGUUUGAGUUUAAACCGGGUGUUAUAAUGUAGAAAAACCAUAACACAUGUAUAUUGAAUUUGUUGAAGCUAAGAGGAACAAAAGGCUGCUGUUUUAUACAGUGGAAAAGAUAGGAGUGAAUAUAUAGAUAAUGAAGAAUCAAGCAGUAGUUGCAGGUAUUUGAAAAUAAAAAUGUGUAGUUUUGAUUGUCCUGUUUGAGAAAUCUUUGCUAACUCCAAAGUCAUUAGCAUAAUCUAUAUUUGUAAAAUUUAGAAUUGGGAUUUGCAGGAGCUGCUGUUAUGAGAGCAGUCUUGUUAUCUUCUUUCAGCACUAAGAACCACUUACUCCAGAUCCAUUUAUUUGAAGAGUCUAUUUUUCUUCUCUAUAUUUUCUCAAAUGUGAUUUUAUUUCUUUAGGUUAUCACUGCCUGGGAUUGGCAUUUAGUCUUCAUAAUGUCCACAUACAUGAUAACAAUCCCAUGUGAAAUGAAAGCGAAUAUAUUUUACUUUUGGUAACAAGAUCUUAUAUAAUCAGGAUUCUGUUUAGCUCUCUGUACAGAGGGGGAGAAAAGAUCUCAACAGGGAAAAAAAUGUUAAUUGCGAAAUUGAGAGGAAAAAUAUUGAUAACGUUUACAAUGAUGUAAAUGAACUGAGAAUUAAAAAUUACAAAAGUUAGCUCUAUAUAAUAAAAAAUCAAGGAGCCCUGAUGGAUUUAUUAACCAGGCUUGAAAAAUAUGUUGUCCGUGACAGUUCACCGAUGUUGAUAUCAAGUAUAUAUGUCUAUCUGGAUGAAGAAGAAACAGAUUCUCAGGUAAAGCCACAAUCUGAACCUUGAGCCUCCGACACUGUGGAAAUCUGGUUCAAAUUUUGUUGCCUGGCCAGAUAUGGAUGCCUCCCAUGCUGUGGCAUGAGGAAAGUGCUCCAUUUGUGAUUUCCUUGCCAUACAGUUGAAACCUGUAGAGCUGUAUGGAGAAUGCAAGUACUACCAAGGUGGAGCAAUGCCUUGGCCUGGGAGGAAGCCCUUCCCAGGGAAAGAGCUGAAGCCAAAAACCUGUCACUCCCUACAUAACCUCAUACUGUGUUUCCCAGCCUGCUCCACGUCUUCUUCUGUUUCAGGUCCCAGGUGUGACUCAAGAAGAACUGAUCCUGUUAAGCAGCCUGGAACCUAGGGCUACCAUCUUACACAUCUGUAAAUCACCAAUAGGCAUUUGAACUGCUGACUGCCUGUGUAGGCCAAACAUUAUUCAUCUGCUUCCAGACGGUUUAGUGGCUUUGCUUCCACUCAUUCCUCUUAACCUUCACUGCUUCUUGGGCUGUAGAGAGGACAUUGGCUUAGAGAGGCUGGAGGCAGAAAAUGGCAGGUGUUGCCCUUUUGGUGUUGGAUACAUGAUUGAAAUGCGAAGCAAGUUCCUGAGGAUUCAGUGGUGUUUGAGGAUGUGGCCGUGGACUUUACGCAGGAAGAAUGGGCUUUGCUGGAUUUUGCUCAGAGAAAACUCUACAGAGAUGUGAUGAUGGAAACCUUCAGAAAUCUAGCCUCGAUUGUUCCUCAACAGGUUGAUAAAGGACAAGUAAUGUCCAAUGAACAUUUAACAAUCCGAUUCAUGAAGGAAAAUUCCUGGUACACCAUGUUAGAAGAAGCUUGUGAAUUCCAUGGCGUUGAAGAGCGGUGUAACAAAAAAGGGAGGCAUGUGAGAUGGCAUAUAGAUGAGAACCUCCAUGAAAGUAAAGAACAGAAAGAAAAGGAAGGGAAAGAAGGUAAUCAGUCUGGAAAACCUUUCAGCAUGAUUGCAUGUCUUACCAGGCUCAAAAGAACUCUUCCUAGAGAAAAUCUUCCUACAUGGUGUGAGUGUGGAAAAGCUUUCAAGUAUCAUCUUUCAUUUAAACAUCACAUCAGAUCUCACCCUGGAUGGGAUACCUUUCAGUGUAAGGAAUGUGAGGGGGCCUGUAGUCGUUCCUCUUACCUAAACACUCAUGUAAAAACUCUUCCUGUAAAGAAUAUUUGUAAAUGUAAGGAAUGUGGGAUCACUUGUAGUUGUUCCUCUUUCAAUACACAUGAAAAAACUCACAGUAGAGACAGGCCUAAUGAAUGUAAGGACUCUGAGAAACCCUUUGGUCAGUUUUCAGCCCUCAGUGAACAUAAACAAAUUGAAAGUGGGAGGCAACACUGUGAUCCUAACGAAGAUGUGAAUACCUUUACUUCUACCUCAUCCCUCAGUAAACAUAUUAGUAUUUACAGGGGAGGGAGGCCUUACAAAUGUAAGGAGUGUGGGAAAGCAUUUAGUAAGUCCUCAAAGCUGACUAGCCAUAUAAGAACUCACAAUGGAGCGCAGCCUUAUGAAUGUAAGGACUGUGGGAAAGCCUUUAAUUGUGCCUCAUACCUAACUACACAUGUAAGAACUCACAGUGGUGAGAGGCCUUAUAAAUGUAAGGAAUGUGGGAAAGCCUUACGUUAUUCCUCAUCCUUCAGUAAACAUAAAAGAACUCACAGUGGAGAGAGACCAUAUGAAUGUAAGGAAUGUGGGAAAGCCUUUAGUUGUGCUUCACACCUCACUACACAUUUAAGAACUCACAGUGGAGAGAGACCUUACAAAUGUAAGGAAUGUGGGAAAGCCUUUAGUUGUUCCUCAUCCCUCACAACACAUACAAGAACUCACAGCGGAGAAAGGCCUUACGGAUGUAAGGAUUGUGGAAAAGCCUUUAGGCAGUCUUCAAACCUAUUGAAUCAUAUUAGAACUCACAGUGGUGAGCGGCCUUAUGAAUGUAAGGAAUGUGGCAGAGCCUUUAGCCAGUCCUCACACCUGAUCAAUCAUAUAAGAACUCACAAUGGAGAACGGCUUUAUGAAUGUAAGGAAUGUAGAAAAACCUUUAGCCAGUCCUCACAUCUGAUCAACCAUAUAAGAACUCACAGUGGAGAGUGGCCUUACGAUUGUAAGAAAUGUGGAAAAUCUUUUUGUGAUUUCUCAAGCUUCAGUAGACAUAUAAGAACUCACAGUGGAGAGAGGCCUUACAAAUGUAAGGAAUGUGGAAAAGCCUUUACACAGUCCUCAUCUCUCACUCAACAUAAAAGAACUCACAGUGGAGAGCGACCUUAUGAAUGUAAGGAAUGUGGGAAAACAUUUAGUCGGAUCUCAAACCUCACCAGACAUGUAAGAACUCACAGAGGAGAGAGGCCUUAUGAGUGUAAAGAAUGUGGGAAAGCCUUUAGUUGGCGCUCAGCCCUCACUAGGCAUAUAAAAACUCACAGUGGAGAGAGACCUUACGAAUGUAAGGAAUGUGGGAAAGCAUUUAUCCGCUCUUCAGCCCUCACUACACAUACAAGAAUUCACAGUGGAGACAGGCCUUAUGAAUGUAAGGAAUGUGGGAAAGCAUUUAGCCAGUCCUCAUCUCUCACUACACAUAUAAGAACUCACAGUGGAGAGAGACCUUAUGAAUGUAAGGAAUGUGGGAAAUCCUUUAGGCACGCCUCCUCUUUCACUCACCAUAUAAGGACUCACGGUGGAGAGAGGCGUUACGAAUCUAAGGAAUGAGGGAACAUCUUCAGUUCUCUCUGCCAUUUGAAAACUUGAGAAAGUAUACUGAGGAGAAAUAUAUAUUGCAUAUAUGACAAGGGGUCCUUCGGUGUGCGUCCUUCCUUCGGACCUCUAUAAUACCUCACACACUGUAGAGACUGGGACUAGAAGCAAAGAACAUCUUCGUUUGUAGCGUGUGAUUUUGGAUGAGUAUCAAAAUGGUAAUUUGUUUCUGUUAUAUUAAAGCAGUAUGUUCCUGAUGGAGAAAAAUUGGAUUUUAACAAAUUUGGAAUGAAAAGCAAAAAUCACUCAUUAUUCCACCACUCAUUAUUUUGGGUAUUUUCUUUUAGCCUCCUUUGUAUGUAAAGCAGUCAUUUCCUAAGAAAUCUGCAUUAUAUAUCGUGUGUAGUGUUGCACUUAACUUUUUUUCAUUGCUUUUUUUAAUCUUCCACAACUGUUAUGAUCCUUACUUUACUAAUGGGAAAACUGUACAAAAAAUUUUAACCCACAUUUCACAAAAAUGUCUCUGUCAAAUGGCAUUAUAAGAAUGAGAAUUUUCAUUGGAAGAGGGCUCACAUUGAGGAUAUGUGGAGAUUGUGAACCUGCACAGACCUACAACCUGAUCUAGAUGCAGUGGAACAUGUGUCCAACACAACAGAACUCGUAUUUGAAAGUCCUACUUUUGGUAAUUUUGUGGUUCGAGGAAAGUGCACUAGGCAAGGAGUUGAGGCUGUAGUUGCUGAACUGGGCUGGACUGGUGGCUGUUUCUCCACCUGGGGUGCAAACCUCCUACGAGGCCUGGAGCUCUUCUGCCCCACCGUUAACUGAGAUCUUCCUCCUUGACUUCUCAUGUAAGUAGCUGGGUAAAUGGUGGCUGUAGGUAGCAAAAGCCUUCAAACUGGACCUCCCAUUGGCCCAAAUGCCCUUUCAGAAUCAUUUUUUUGGAAAUCCUUAGGCACCAUAAUGUUAUACUUUGAUGAUAGUGCUAUAUUGUGGAAAUAGCGAAACAAGAGAAAUGGUGUCAGUGUCCAGUGGGAAGGGAGUUUUUAGAUAAAUGCCAGGCUACACGUCAAAGUGUUGUACUGCACUAAAUGAAUUUCUUCAGAAAAAUUCAGUCCACAGAGGUAAAGCACUCAUACUUGAACGUGUGAUACAUUGGGUAUAAGAUAUUGUGUACGUGACGGCCAUUUUAUGCAAAAUGUGUAUAUACAGACAAAUCACCUUGUAGAGAUUGUCCUAAAGGUGACACGAAGUAAUUUCCUUAGUCGUAUAACUAGUAGCACAAUGUAAGUAUAAAACAGCUCCAUCUCUCAUCCAAAAAAUUGCUGGUGUUCCCACUUCUCAGUCAUAAAUCUGUGGCACUUAUGCGUGUACGCAUCAUGCUGUAUGUGUGUUUUAGAUUCUGGGCCCUGUCAUUUAGCGUGAAUGGAUUUUGUAUUCGUCCAUGCAGGUGAACUUACGGACAGUUUGUUCUUUUUUACUGCUUUGUAGCAUGUUGUUGCAUAGCCCUACCACAGUUUGUAUAUUCAUCAGGUUAAGAGUAUUUGAAUUUCCACUUUUUAGUUCUUUCACUUUUUAAAUAAAUCUGUUAUAAACAUUGAUGCAGUGGGUUUAUGUGAACAUAAAGUUUCAUUUUUCUCCUUUAUGCCUCUGUGAGUGGGGUUGGUGUGUUAUGGUGGAUGUAUGAUUACCUUCAUAAGAAGCACCCAGUCUGUUUCUCAGAGGGGCUGUGUCACUUUAUAUUCAGUCAUCAGUGUAUAAUUCCCGUUGCUGCUGGGAACUGGAGAGUGUGCUUCUAGAGCCGUAAAACACUUCUUUUUGCCUCUGUUUUCAGAGGAGGGAUUUGGGUUGGCUGCUCACCUGAUAAGCAUUCUCACAUUUGUGAGGAUAGUACAUGGUAGGUAGCACCUGGAUUAGUCCCUUCCUCCUGCAGUGUCCUUCAUUGUCCUCCAUACUCUGAUAACUGGCAGAAGAGAAAUAUAAAGCACAGCUUGUUUAUCACAGAUAGGUAAAAACCGGGUGUCUACAGCAGAAGCAAUAAACUGACAACCAGGACGAUGCUCAAUACGUGGCUUUUUGUUAGUCUUUUGUCAGUGAUAAAUCAGGACCCAGCAAUGCCAAAGGUUCUGUUUUGGUGCCCAACCUGUUCUCAUGGAAACUUAAAGUGUCCCUAUCUGUGUCUGUCUGCCUCGCCUACUAACUGUAAAUAUCUUCUCUGACACCAGCCCACUGAAAAUGCAACUCUUCUAACUCCAAUCAACUGGAGCAACGCCUAAUCUAACAGGUGAGAGGGCACAGUUCUAGAAUGCCACAUGUGCCCAAGAUUGUAGGCACCUACCUAAAAUUUUGGGGCUCCUGGAGUCACCCAGGCUUCCAACUCACUGAAAUUUGGAUGUUCCCCUACCCCCUCAAGUCCAAUAAUUUGCUAAAAUGAUGCAGAAUGUAAGAAGCACUGUACUUACAGUUUUAACAGCAAAAUGGAUAGAAAUAAGGACCAGCAUAAAGCAGAGCUGCAUGUGGUGAGAUUUGGCAGAAUGUAAAUGCAGAGUUCCCGUGUCUCAUGCAUACCUACUUCCCCCCUCCCUUCUAUGGGUAUGCCUCAAAGAUACAGAGGGUUCCAGACCACAGCAAUAAAGAAAGUACUGCAAUAGAGUGAGUCACACAAAUUUUUUUGUUUGCCAGUGCAUGUAAAGAUUAGGUUUACACUAUACUGUAGUCUGUACAAUAGCAUUAAGCCUAAGAAGAAACAAUGUACAUACCUUAAUGAAGACAUACUUUAUUGCUAAGAAAUGCUCACCAUCAUCUGAGCCUUCACAGUGUUGUAAUCUUUUUUGCUGUUAUAGGUUGUUGCCUCAAUGUCAGUGGCUACUCAAUGAUCAGGGUAGUGGUUCCCGAAGCUUGCGGUGGCCGUGGCAGUCACUUAAAAUAAUACAACAAUGAAGUUUGCCACAUCAGUUGACUUUUUCUUUCACAAAAGAUUUCUCUAUAGAAUGCGAUCCUGUUUGAUAGCAUUUUUACCCACAGUAGAACUUCUUUCAAAAUUGGAGCCAGUCCUCUAAAACCCUGCAGCUGCUUUAACAACUAAGUUUAUAUGAUAUUCUAAAUCCUUUGUUGUUAUUUCAGCAGUGUUCACAGCAUCUUCACCAGGAAUAGAUUCUAUCUCAAGAAACUUUCUUUGCUUAUCCGUAAAAAGCUACUUUUCACCCGUUAAAGUUUUAUCAUGACAUUUCAGCAGUUCAGUCACAUCUUCAGGCUCCAUUUCUAACUUUAGUUCUGCUAUUUCCACCACAAGUACAGUUACUUCCUCUGUUGAAAUCUUGAACCCCUGAAAGUCAUCCGUGAGGGUUGGAAUCAACUUCUUCCAAAUUCCUGUUGAUAUUUUGAUCUCCUCCCAUGAAUCAGGACUGUUAUAAAUGGCAUCUAGAAUGGAGCUUUCUUUCCCAAAGGUUUUUAGUUUUACCCACAUCCAACAGAGCAAUUGCUGUCAAUGGCAGCUAUAGCCUUACAAAAUCUAUUUCUUAGUAAAACGUAAACGUUGGAAUUACUCCUUGAUCCACAAGCUGCAGAAUGGAUGUGUGUUAGCAGGUGUGAAAACAACAUUGAUUUUGUACCUCUCCAUCAGAGCUCUUGGGUGACCAGGUGCAUGGUCAAUGAGAGUACUAUUUUCAAAAGAGUCUUUUUCUAAAUGGUAGGUCUCAACAAUGACCUUAAAAUACUCAGUAAACCAUGUUGUAAGUAGAUGUGCUGUCAUACAGGCUUUGUUGUUCCAUGUGUAAAACACAGGCAGGGUAGAUGUAGUGUAAUUGUUAAGGGCCCUAGGGUUUUUGGAAUGGUAAAUGAGCAUUGCCUUCAAGUUAAGGUCAACAAUGGUAUUAGCCCCUAACAAGAGAGUCACCUUGUCCCUUGAAGCCAGGCAUUGAGUCCUGUCUAGCUAUGAAAGUCCUAGAUAGCCUCUUCUUCCAAUAUGAGACUGUUUCACCUUUAUUGAAAAUCUGUUGUUUACUGUGCCUACCUUCAUCAAUUAUCUCAGCUAGCUUUUCUGGGUAACUUGCUGCAGCUCCUCCAUCAGAUCUUCCUCACCUUGCACUUUUAUGUAAUGGAGACAGCUGCUUUCCUUCAUGAACCAACGUCUGCUAGCGUCAGACUUUUCUUCUGCAGCCAGUUCAUCUCUCGCAGCCUUCAUAGAAUUGAGGAGAGUUAGGGACUCGCUCUGGAUUACGCUUUGGUUUAAGAGAAUAUCGUGACUGGUUUGACCUUCUAUCGAGACCACUAAAACGUUCUGCACAUCAAUAAUACGCCUGUUUUGUUUUCUUAAUCAUUCAUGUGUACGCUGGAGUGUUGUCGUUGUUAGGUGCCGUCGAGUCAGUUCCGACUCGUAGCGACCCUGUGCACAACAGAACGAAACACUGCCUGGUCCUGUGCCAUCCUUACAGUCGUUGUUGUGUUUGAGCUCAUCGUUGCAGCCACUGUGUCAGUCCACCUCAUUGAGGGUCUUCCUCUUUUCCGCUGACCCUGUACUCUGCCAAGCAUGAUGUCCUUCUCCAAGGACUGAUCCCUCCUGACAACAUGUCCAAAGUAUGUAAGAUGCAGUCUCGCCAUCCUUGCUUCUAAGGAGCAUUCUGGUGUACUUCUAAGACAGAUUUGUUCGAACAAACAUAGCAACGAUUGUGAGAAUGGUGCCCACUGGGUAGUGUUUCAUUCUGCUGGACGUAGAGUCACUUUGAGUCGGAACCGACUAAAGAACACCUAACAACAACAGUAGAAAAAGCCUAGAUUACCUUUAAGAGUCUGUUGGUGGGAUUGUGGACAUCAAAAACAAUUCUAGUGAGGUGUCAAAAGGAAGUGAGGAGAGUGGUAACACCGGAGACUGCGGAGACAUCUAGAUGCAGCAACAGAGCAAUGGCAGCAGCAGAACCAGGAGACCUGUGUGAGAGCACAGGAGCUAAUCCAUGAAAUCAGAGAGCUGAGUGCCUUCUGGCAGGAGGCGUCCUGGUGGAGUGGGGGGCCUAACAGCACUUAUCGAUGGAGCUAGGCUUGCGGACCUACGGAGAAAGAGCUGAGUUCCUUCCAGCAAAGGUUUACCGACAGAGUGUGGUGCUUCCAGGCACUUAUCAUUACAGCUAAAGAGUUGGCAAAGAGCCCUGUAGGGCCAAGAAACCAAGCAAACAGGAAGCAGAACCCGAGGCACAAGGACCACAGGAAGGAGACCUGCCUCAAUUCAGAGUAUGGCCACAACCUCUGGUUUAUCAAAGAGUUGAACAACAGCCUGCUUGGUCCCAAAGGAUGGGGCAUCACCUCCUAGAUUUCAAAGAGUCAGAUCGUCACCAACUCAGUUCAGGAGUGUGGGGCUUCCUUUCACAAGUGCCAGGGGAAUGGGGCUGGUUCUGCUGCCCAAAGUUGAGGGACAGGACUCCCAUGUCCAAGGGGCAGAAGAACGGGGUCUGCCACGGCCAAGGAAGUGGGGUUGCCAUUCAGAUAGACUAGGAGAAUGGGACAGCCCAAAACCAAGAGAGUAGAGUAGCCAUUUCAGUGGGUCUGGAAGGUGAAGCUGAAGUCGAGGGCCAAGGGACCUCCACCCAGGUUUCAGAGAGUGCGACCAGCCAGAGUCUGGAAUGCAGGGCUAUUGCCUAAGUAGUCUUAGCGAAUAGAUUAUUAUUUUCAAGCCUUGAGAGUUAAUGUAAUGUGUUCUGCUGACUUCCUUGGUGCCUGUUACCCCUUCUUUCCCUCCCGUUUCUCACAUUUGUAAUGCAAGUCCCCACCUUGGGCCUGUUAGACCAUUGUGCUUUGUAGCCGAUAACUUGUAUUCUAGAUUUCACAGAUGAAGAGGAGUUGUGCCCCUGGAUGGAAUUUGCACUUGGUGUUGAUGUCAGUCUUUUGGGAUGAUAUGAUGGGGUGAAUGUGUUUCACAUGUGGCAAGGACAUGAAUUUUAGGGGGACAAAGUGUGGAAUGUUAGGAUUGACUUCUGUCCCCCAAAAUGUGCAUCACCUUGUCUAGACCAUGAUUGCCAGUAUUGUGUGGCUUUCCACCAUUUUGUCAUCUAAUGAGAUUAUCCUAUGUGUUGUAAAUCCUAACCUCUGUGAUCUUAAUGAGGUGAAUUCGAGGCAGUUACCUUAAUGAGGCAGGAUUCAAUCUACAGGAUUAGGUUGUAUCUUGAGUCAAUCUCUUUUGAGAUAUAAAAAAGAGAAUCAAGCAGAGAAGAGAGGAACCUUCUACCACCAAGAAGAUGAGUGGGAAGCACAGUGCAUCCUUUUGACUACGGGCCCCUGCGCUGAGAAGCUCUUAGGCCAGGGGAAGAUGAACAACAAGGACCUUCCCCCACAGCUGACAAAGAAAGCCUUGCCUUAGAACUGGCACCUUGGAUUUAGAGGUACACCCCUCCUAAACUGUGAGAGAAUAAAUCGAGCUUUGUUAAAGCCAUCCACUUUGGGUAUUUCUCUUAGUGUAGCACUUGAUUUCUAAGAUGGGUACUGUUGGUUCUUGAUGAUGUGCUACCUCCUGAAAUCAGUGAACAUUGACCAAUUCUUUUUGGUAUGGUGACUCUGUAUAUUCUUUCCAUCUUUUUUUGAUACUUCUUUGAUCAUUCAAUAUUUUGCCCAUGUUAGGUGCCGUCGAGUCAGCUCCAACUCAUAAUGACCCUAUGUACAACAGAACAAAACAUGGCCCAGUCUUCUGCCUUCCUCACAGUGGUUAUGCCUGAGCCCUUUGUUGUAGACACUGUGUCAAUCCAGUGUUUUUCACUGACCCUCUUCUUUACCAAGCAUGAUGUCUUUCUUCAUAGACUGGUUCCUCCUGAUUAAACGUCCAAAGUAUGUGAGACGAAAUCUUGCCAUCCUUGCUUCUGUAGGGCAUUUUGGCUGUACUUCUUCCAAGACAGAUUUGUUUGUUCUUCUGGCAGUCCAUGAUAGUCAAUAUUCUUCCAACACCAUUAUUCAAAGAUACCAAUUCUUCCUCAGUCGUCUUUAUUUAUUCCUCAGCUUUUGCAUGCAUAUGAGGUAAUUGAAAACACUGUGGCUUGGGUCAGGUGCACUUUGGUCCUUAAAGUCACA